AUGCACGGCAGAUGGCAGGUUCCGGCUCAGAACAACGUUACUGCCUCAUUGUUGGGUUGGGAUAAACCCUUCGGAUAUGAGGAUGUCACCGCUAAGUUCUGGAGACCUGGAGAGCCAGACGGCUGCUGCGGUGCCGAGGUCAACUGCGCAAUCUCGAACUUGUUUGGGACCUUCCAGUGGGACGACGCCGGAUGUCUGGCACCGUGGACAGCCAAGACCGGCGUUGUUUGCCAAAGAUAUGCUUACCAAACCGUCUUCUAA